CGUGGGUUCGGCAGCAGAGACAGGAAACAAAUCGCAGACAGUUCCUUCCGCAUUAUCUCUGCCUUUCGGAAGAGCGCCCCCUGCUGGAUGCCGGGUGUAGCGGGCGGAGCCUAGAGCUGAGCCCGUGACACGCUCCGUGUGACUGUCCGUGGAUCUGCCGGAGCUGCAAGGCCCAGAGCGGCCCUGCACUGACACGGUGAGGGACCCUGGCUGACAGCAUUACAGAUUGUGGAAAGGAAGAACUCUUUAAGUCGGGCGCCGUCCCCUCCAGCCAGCGCGGAAUCCCUCUCCGCGCAGUGCUACCAUGGCUGACGUAGAUCCAGACACACUACUGGAAUGGCUGCAGAUGGGGCAGGGGGAUGAGAGAGACAUGCAGCUCAUUGCCUUGGAACAGCUCUGCAUGCUGCUGCUCAUGUCGGAUAAUGUGGAUAGGUGUUUUGAAACAUGCCCACCUCGCACCUUCCUGCCAGCCUUGUGUAAAAUAUUCCUGGAUGAAAGCGCCCCAGACAAUGUGUUGGAAGUAACAGCCCGUGCAAUAACCUAUUACCUAGAUGUGUCCGCCGAGUGCACGAGGCGUAUUGUGGGAGUGGAAGGGGCUAUCAAAGCUUUGUGCAAUAGGCUUGUGGUGGUGGAGCUCAACAACAGAACCAGUCGGGAUUUGGCAGAACAGUGUGUCAAGGUGCUGGAGCUUAUCUGUACACGUGAGUCUGGGGCUGUCUUUGAGGCAGGGGGCUUGAACUGCGUGUUGACAUUCAUUCGGGACAGCGGACACCUAGUUCACAAGGAUACACUGCAUUCUGCAAUGGCUGUGGUGUCCCGAUUGUGUGGUAAGAUGGAGCCACAGGAUGCAUCAUUAGAAACGUGUGUGGAGUCUCUCUCCAGCCUGCUGAAGCACGAAGACCACCAGGUAUCAGAUGGAGCUCUCCGCUGCUUUGCUUCCCUUGCUGACCGCUUUACACGCCGUGGUGUAGAUCCAGCUCCUCUUGCACAGCAUGGGCUCACUGAGGAACUGCUGUCCCGAAUGGCAGCAGCCGGAGGCACUGUAUCAGGUCCAUCUUCAGCCUGUAAAACAGGCCGUGGCACCAGUGGGGGACCUUCCACCUCUGGAGACUCAAAAAUCAGCAAUCAGGUCUCCACUAUAGUCAGCCUGUUAUCAACACUAUGCCGUGGUUCUCCAGUCGUCACACAUGAUUUACUGCGGGCAGAACUCUUAGACUCCAUGGAAAGUGCUCUUCAAGGUGACGAGCGUUGUGUGCUGGAUACCAUGCGCCUUGUAGACCUUCUUUUGGUGCUGCUUUUUGAAGGCCGCAAAGCUCUGCCUAAGUCUAGUGCUGGGUCCACAGGUCGUAUUCCUGGGCUGCGGCGGCUUGACAGCUCAGGAGAGCGAUCUCACCGCCAACUGAUAGACUGCAUCCGCAGCAAGGACACAGAUGCUCUCAUAGAUGCCAUUGAUACAGGUGCUUUUGAAGUAAAUUUUAUGGAUGAUGUUGGCCAGACUCUUCUGAAUUGGGCCUCUGCUUUUGGCACACAGGAAAUGGUUGAAUUCCUGUGUGAGCGAGGUGCCGAUGUAAAUAGAGGGCAGAGGUCAUCUUCACUGCAUUAUGCUGCUUGCUUCGGAAGGCCUCAGGUGGCAAAGACCUUGCUUCGCCAUGGAGCCAACCCAGAUUUAAGAGAUGAGGAUGGAAAAACACCUUUGGAUAAAGCCCGGGAGAGAGGACACAGCGAAGUGGUGGCCAUUUUGCAGUCCCCAGGGGACUGGAUGUGCCCCGUAAACAAAGGAGAUGAAAAGAAAAAGAAAGACUCUAACCGGGAAGAGGAAGAAUGCAAUGAGCCAAAGGGAGACCCAGAAAUGGCCCCCAUCUACCUAAAGAGGCUGCUGCCUGUCUUUGCACAGACCUUUCAGCAAACCAUGCUUCCCUCUAUCAGGAAAGCAAGCUUAGCACUUAUUCGGAAGAUGAUCCAUUUCUGCUCAGAAGCACUGCUUAAGGAAGUUUGUCACUCAGACGCUGGACACAAUUUGCCCACUGUUCUUGUUGAGAUAACAGCCACUGUUUUAGACCAGGAGGACGAUGAUGAUGGUCACCUUCUGGCACUUCAAAUCAUUAGGGAUUUGGUGGACAAAGGUGAUGACCUUUUUCUUGAUCAAUUGGCCCGGCUUGGUGUUAUAAGCAAGGUUUCUACACUAGCUGGACCUACAUCAGAUGAUGAGAAUGAGGAGGAUAGCAAGCCAGAGAAGGUGAGGAUACACCUAUUUCCUCUGUACAGUGCCCACAAAGGAACACAAGCAGCUGCAUCACAACUUAAAGAGGAUGAGCCACAGGAAGAUGCCAAGGAGUUGCAACAGGGCCGGCCCUACCAUUGGCGGGACUGGUCUGUUAUUCGCGGUAGGGACUGUUUGUACAUCUGGAGUGAUGCUGCAGCUCUGGAGCUCUCUAAUGGUAGCAAUGGCUGGUUCCGCUUUAUCCUAGAUGGGAAACUGGCAACCAUGUAUUCAAGUGGAAGCCCAGAGGGGGGUUCUGAUAGCUCAGAAAGUAGAAGUGAAUUUUUAGAAAAGUUACAGCGGGCCCGCAGCCAGGUCAAACCAUCCACUUCUAGCCAGCCUAUCUUGUCCACUCCUGGUCCAGGAAAGCUAACAGUAGGCAACUGGUCUCUCACUUGUCUGAAAGAUGGUGAGAUUGCAAUCCACAACUCGGACGGGCAGCAGGCUACAAUACUGAAGGAGGAUCUACCAGGCUUUGUGUUUGAGUCAAACAGGGGUACCAAGCACUCCUUCACGGCAGAAACAUCACUAGGAUCUGAAUUUGUAACUGGCUGGACAGGAAAGAGAGGCAGAAAGCUGAAGUCUAAGUUGGAGAAAACUAAACAGAAGGUACGGACAAUGGCAAGAGAUUUGUAUGAUGAUCAUUUUAAGGCAGUGGAAAGCAUGCCCCGAGGAGUGGUAGUGACGCUCCGAAAUAUUGCAACACAGCUGGAAUCUGCUUGGGAACUUCAUACAAACAGACAGUGUAUUGAAGGAGAGAACACAUGGAGAGAUCUGAUGAAAACUGCCCUGGAAAACCUGAUUGUGCUACUGAAGGAUGAGAAUACUAUUUCCCCUUAUGAGAUGUGCAGCAGUGGACUGGUGCAGGCUUUGCUUACGGUGCUCAAUAAUAAUGAAGACUGUGAUAUAAAACAAGACUGUGGGCAGCUGGUGGAGAGACUUAAUGUAUUUAAAACUGCCUUCAGCGAAAAUGAAGAUGAUGAAAGCCGCCCUGCCGUUGCCCUCGUCCGGAAGUUGAUUGCUGUGCUUGAAUCAAUAGAACGGCUGCCCCUUCACCUGUAUGACACCCCUGGAUCUAGCUAUAACUUGCAGAUCCUGACCCGUAGGCUUCGGUUUCGGCUGGAGCGUGCACCUGGAGAAACGUCUCUAAUCGACCGUACCGGUCGGAUGCUGAAAAUGGAGCCACUGGCAACUGUAGAGUCCUUGGAGCAGUAUUUACUGAAAAUGGUGGCUAAGCAGUGGUACGACUUUGACCGUUCGUCCUUUGUGUUUGUGCGCAAAUUGCGCGAGGGCCAGAGUUGUGUGUUCCGCCACCAGCAUGACUUUGAUGAUAAUGGAAUCAUGUACUGGAUUGGCACCAAUGCAAAGACAGCUUAUGAGUGGGUCAACCCUGCUGCUUACGGACUAGUAGUUGUUACAUCUUCUGAAGGCCGCAAUUUGCCAUAUGGCCGCCUUGAGGAUAUCCUGAGCCGUGAUAGCUCUGCCCUUAAUUGCCACACUAAUGAUGAUAAGAGUGCCUGGUUUGCCAUUGACCUUGGCUUGUGGGUUGUGCCUUCUGCCUAUACACUGCGUCAUGCUCGUGGAUAUGGCCGUUCCGCUCUUCGCAAUUGGGUCUUCCAGGUGUCUAAAGAUGGUCAGAACUGGACCACCCUCUACACCCACAUGGAUGACUGCAGCCUGAAUGAACCUGGCUCCACAGCCACAUGGCCUCUGGACCCUGCGAGAGAAGAAAAGCAGGGUUGGCGUCAUGUCCGGAUAAAGCAGACGGGAAAGAAUGCCAGUGGCCAGACCCACUACCUCUCACUUUCUGGCUUUGAGCUUUAUGGCAAUGUGACUGGGGUGUGUGAAGACCAACUUGGUAAAGCUGCCAAAGAGGCAGAAGCCAACUUAAGGCGCCAGAGGCGGCUGGUACGCUCUCAGGUGCUAAAAUAUAUGGUGCCUGGAGCCCGUGUUAUUCGGGGCAUUGAUUGGAAGUGGCGAGACCAAGAUGGCAGUGCUCAAGGAGAAGGCACUGUUACAGGAGAACUGCACAAUGGCUGGAUUGAUGUCAUAUGGGAUGCCGGUGGCUCUAACUCUUACCGCAUGGGCGCGGAAGGAAAAUUUGACCUGAAGCUGGCCCCGGGUUAUGACCCAGAGUCUGCGGUGUCACCCAAACCUGUUUCAUCCACUGUUGCAGGAACACCGCCCUCGUGGAGCAGCCUGGUGAAAAACAACUGUCCUGACAAAGCCCCUCCCUCUUCCUCAUCCUCUUGUGUGGUCGUUGGAAGCGUGGCGGGCUCAGGCAGCCGCAAAGGAAGCAGCAGCUCGGUCUGUAGCGUGGCAAGCAGCAGCGACGUAAGCCUAAGCUGUGCAAAGACAGAGAGGAGGGCAGAGGAGCAAGUCUCCGACAUUCACCAUGAUCCCAUCCUGCUUCUGUCCUCUAACCAAGCAGCCUCGGGUUCCUCCACCUGCCCCCCUGGAGGAGAGACUGUGGGUGAAGGUGGAGAUAGAAAGGCAGGAGAAGCACCAGCAAUCUCAAUGGGUAUGGUGAGCAUUAGCUCCCCUGAUGUCAGUUCCGUUUCCGAACUCAGCAACAAGGAAGUGGCAGUUCCACGACCACUGGGAUCUUCUGCCAGCAACAGAUUGUCUGUCAGUUCACUGUUGGCAGCUGGGGCACCCAUGAGUUCUAGCGCCAGUGUACCAAACUUGUCCUCCAGGGAAACGUCCAGUCUGGAGUCCUUUGUAAGGAGAGUGGCAAAUAUCGCCAGGACAAAUGCAACCAACAACAUGAACCUGAGUCGUAGCAGCAGUGAUAACAAUACCAACACUCUGGGGAGGAAUGCAGUCAGCUCAGCCACUUCACCACUUAUGGGAGCUCAGAGCUUUCCCAACCUGACGACAACAGGAACCACAUCCACCGUUACAAUGUCUACAUCCAGUGUCACCAGCAGUAAUGUGGCAACAGCCACUACAGGGUUGUCUGUAGGUCAGUCCCUCAGUAACACCCUGACUACAAGCCUAACCUCGACAUCCAGUGAGAGUGACACUGGGCAGGAGGCAGAAUACUCCCUGUAUGACUUUCUUGAUAGCUGCCGUGCCAGCACUUUGCUUGCUGAACUUGAUGAUGACGAGGAUCUCCCUGAGCCCGAUGAGGAAGAUGAUGAAAACGAAGAUGAUAAUCAGGAAGAGCAAGAGUAUGAAGAAGUUAUGGAGGAGGAAGAGUAUGAGACCAAAGGUGGCCGACGCAGGACCUGGGAUGAUGAUUAUGUGCUGAAGAGGCAGUUUUCUGCUUUGGUCCCGGCUUUUGACCCACGCCCAGGGAGAACUAAUGUUCAGCAGACCACUGAUCUUGAAAUUCCUGCUCCAGGCACGCCCCACUCUGAGCUACUGGAGGAGGUAGAAUGUGCCCCAGCUCCACGAUUAGCACUCACCCUAAAGGUGACAGGCCUUGGGAGCGGGAGAGAGGUGGAGCUCCCCCUGAACAAUUUCCGUUCCACCAUAUUUUUCUAUGUACAGAGACUGCUGCAACUCUCCUGCAAUGGAGCCAUCAAAACUGACAAGCUGAGAAGGAUUUGGGAGCCCACCUACACGAUUAUGUACAGAGAGAUGAAGGAUUCAGAUAAGCAAAAAGAAUGUGGCAGACUGGGCUGUUGGUCUGUAGAGCAUGUAGAACAAUCCCUAGGCACAGAUGCCUUGCCAAAGAAUGACCUGAUCACUUACCUGCAGCGAAAUGCAGAUCCAGGGUUCUUGCGACGCUGGAAACUGACAGGAACCAACAAAAGCAUUAGGAAAAACCGCAACUGUUCCCAGCUUAUUGCUGCUUACAAGGACUUCUGUGAGAAUGGCUGCAAGUCUCUCUCAAUGCCAGCUGCUCUUGCCACACUCCAGAGUGCUGAUAUCCUUAGUCAUUCCCGAGAGCAGGCACAAGCCAAAGCGGGCAGCAGCCAAAACUCCUGCGGGGUAGAAGAUGUUUUGCAGCUCCUGCGAAUUCUCUUUAUUGUAGCCAGUGACCCAUAUUCUGCCAGGACCCCACAGGAAGAUGGAGAAGAUAUGCUCCUUUUCAGUGUUCCUCCAGAGGAGUUUACUAGCAAGAAAAUCACCACAAAGAUUGUUCAGCAAAUCGAGGAACCUUUAGCUUUAGCAAGUGGAGCUUUGCCAGACUGGUGUGAACAGCUGACCAGCAAAUGUCCCUUCUUAAUACCCUUUGAAACCCGGCAGCUUUACUUCACAUGCACAGCAUUUGGUGCCUCAAGGGCUAUUGUGUGGCUGCAGAACAGGCGGGAAGCCACAGUUGAGAGGAGCAGAACAGCAAGUGCAGUGCGCAGAGACGACCCAGGGGAGUUCAGAGUGGGCCGUCUAAAACACGAACGUGUGAAGGUCCCACGAGGGGAGUCUUUGAUGGAGUGGGCAGAGAAUGUUAUGCAAAUCCACGCAGACCGAAAAUCUGUGCUUGAGGUGGAGUUUCUGGGAGAAGAAGGAACAGGCUUGGGCCCUACCCUUGAGUUUUAUGCCCUGGUGGCAGCAGAGUUCCAGAAAACAGAUUUGGGGAUCUGGUUAUGUGAUGAUGACUUCCCAGAUGAUGAGUCUCGGCAGGUGGAUCUAGGUGGUGGUUUGAAGCCCCCUGGUUACUAUGUGCAGCGUUCCUGUGGCCUCUUCAUUGCACCCUACCCACAGGAUAGUGAGGAACUAGACCGAGUGACCAGACUUUGCCAUUUCCUUGGUGUUUUCCUUGCAAAGUGCAUCCAGGACAAUAGAUUAGUGGACUUGCCCAUUUCAAAGCCGUUUUUUAAGCUUAUGUGUAUGGGUGACAUUAAGAGCAACAUGAGCAAGCUUUUGUAUGCCUCUCGGGGAGAGGAGAGUGAGCACUGCACGGAGAGCCAGUCGGAGGCCUCUACUGAGGAUGGGCAUGAUGCCCUUUCAGUAGGAAGCUUUGAGGAAGACUGCAAAUCUGAGUUCAUCCUAGACCCACCCAAACCAAAGCCACCAGCCUGGUUUCAGGGUAUUUUAACUUGGGAGGACUUUGAGCUAAUAAACCCACAUCGUGCUCGCUUCCUUAGGGACAUUAGGGAGUUGGCUGUAAAGAGGAGACAGAUUCUGGGGAACCGUUGCUUAUCUGAGGAUGAGAAGAACACUCAACUUCAGGAACUUAUGCUAAAGAAUCCUUCUGGAUCUGGGCCUCCAGUCAGCAUUGAGGAUUUGGGACUCAAUUUCCAGUUCUGUCCAUCUUCCCGGGUUUAUGGCUUCUCUGCAGUCGAUCUAAGGCCAAAUGGAGAGGAUGAGAUGGUGACGAUAGACAACGCUGAGGAGUAUGUUGAUCUUAUGUUUGAUUUCUGCAUGCAGACUGGUGUACAAAAGCAAAUGGAAGCAUUUAGAAGUGGCUUUAAUAAAGUGUUCCCUAUGGAGAAACUGGGCUCCUUCAGCCCCGAGGAAGUCCAAAUGAUACUGUGUGGAAACCAGUCUCCCUCUUGGUCCGCUGAGGACAUCAUCAAUUACACAGAACCAAAGCUAGGAUAUACCCGAGAGAGUCCUGGGUUCCUUCGAUUCGUGAGAGUCCUAUGUGGCAUGUCGUCAGAUGAGAGGAAAGCGUUCCUGCAGUUUACAACGGGGUGCUCCACAUUGCCUCCAGGAGGACUGGCCAAUCUGCAUCCGCGUCUCACAGUCGUGCGCAAGGUUGAUGCCACGGAUGCCAGCUACCCAUCUGUAAAUACAUGUGUGCAUUACCUGAAGCUGCCGGAGUAUUCCUCCGAGGAAAUCAUGAGAGACCGCCUGCUUGCUGCUACCAUGGAGAAAGGAUUCCAUCUCAACUGAGAGCUGCCAUUGUGGGACAGUGUUUUUUUCACUAGCGGCACUCCCUAUCUCACUUGUGUUCGUGUGCUGAGAAAAGACCUGGCCUUUCUUCCUCUCGCUGUGUGACCCUUACACUCUCUCUGUGAGGAUCUGAAGUAGGGAGCGGGUGUAAUGCCUUUCAUUUCUUUUUGUUAGCUGCUAAUGAUGAAAUGGUCUCUUAAGGCAUGACUGACCCCCCCCCCCCCCCCCCCCCCCCCCCCCUUUCCAUUUAAAAUAAGCCCUUUUCUCUAGGCCUCCUCUGGCCAUGAAAGGAAUCAGAACGCAGAGCCAUGCCUCUGUUCUGCAUCUGUUAGGGGCCACGCUUGCCGCCAUGAAGACAUUUGUUAAAGUGUAGCGUCUGUUGUAAUAACAUAACACUACAUCAGCAUUCCCCAUCUAUUGCAUCUGGCUCCUCAUUUCGCUAGCUUUAAACUAACUCAUCAGAAAGCUGCUUUCUCGGAACAUAGAGCGUUAACGGACAUCGGAAUUUAUUCCCUUAGCCUUUUCUCAUUUUCUUUUUAAUGGUGCCUGCACUAUUUCCUUGAUUCCCCCUCCCACCCUGAGUCCCAUAAUGUACUCAAGCACCUUUUGGUUAUUUUAGUUUCCUCCUCUUGCCUAAGAGGAUAUUAUGAUCCCCCCGCCUAUUUCUUUUGGAUAUGUCCCUGCUAUGCAUUUCGAAAUGAAGUGUUUGUGCAAAGUGCAAAUAAAGCUAUUAUAAUAUCAGCCCCCACACAAACAUAGAUAUAUACCAGUGCAAGGUGAUUUACCCCUUUAAUGUCAAGGGUAACCUACAGUGUAGGAAGCUGUUCCACGCACUUAAGGGGUUGAAAACAAGUUUUGCUCUCUGGUUGUAUUUUCUUUGUAUAUUAUAAACAUUUAUUUAACUUGUUGCAGUUUGAA